CUCUUCCCCAGACCGUUCUCCCGAAAUACAACCCAGGUGCUACAACCAGACCUGCGACUUCGAUCCAACCCUCGGCACUACAUCCACGAAGCCGCCGCAGGGGAACUACCCUCCGACCCAACCCCCGAUCCCCGCCCCUUCGUCCGCAGCUGACCGAGCCAGCAGCCCAUCAUGGAUUUCGCAGCCAUGAUGGCGGCGCAGAUCGCCAAGGCCAAAGGCACGACAACGCCCAAAGCCGGCGACAAGCCCGUUGACGACAAGCCCGUCGGCGACAAGCCAGUCGAUCCAGCACAGUCGGCGGCCGCCCCCGCAAAAAAGUUCCUCAGCAACGCCGAGGCCGAGCGGCAGCGGGAGGCGGCGUACCGCGCGGAGCAGGCGCGGCUGGCGGCGGAGCGCGAGGCCAGGGCGGCGGCCAAGCGCAAGCGCGAGGACGACGCGGCGGCCGAGGCCAAGGCGCGCGAGGAGAAGC